CAGAUGGGCUUUGAGGAAAUGGGGGCUUUAACAGACAAACAAUAGCGCUCUUGCAAAUCGCAUUAACUCAAGUCAUUUUUAUUGCGUUUCAGGAAACGGACGAAGCAAGAGGGACUCUUCAGUCCAUUUAUUUUACGUCCCUGAAGGCAAGGAAGCAACGAAAAAGUAUCACAAAAUCUACCGACUCCCAAGUGAAUAAUUCCAGGACUGUAUUACUGGCUGACGGACCGUGCAAACGAGGCUUGUAAAAGGAUCCCACCGUGGUUGGUCGUAGUGUAUAGAGAGCCUACUCAGCUCUCUGGGCUCCUCAGCCAUGGCUCUGCUGGCCUACCUGAAGAGCCUGUUCAUCCUGCAGUUGCUGAUGGGCUUUGUGUUUGUGGUGAGCGGCCUCAUCAUAAACUUCAUUCAGCUCUGCACCUGCAUCCUCUGGCCGAUCAACAAACAGCUCUAUCGCAGAAUCAACUGCCGACUCUCCUACUCCCUCUGGAGUCAGCUGGUGAUGCUGCUGGAGUGGUGGUCGGGCACAGAAUGCACACUAUACACCGACCAAGCUACGGUGGACAAGUUUGGCAAAGAGCAUGUCAUCACCAUCCUCAACCACAACUAUGAGAUCGACUUCCUGUGUGGCUGGACCAUGUGUGAAAGAUAUGGCAUCCUAGGGAGUUCAAAAGUGCUAGCCAAACAUGAGCUACUGAAGGUUCCUCUGAUUGGCUGGACCUGGUACUUCCUAGAAAUAGUCUUCUGCAAAAGAAGGUGGGAGGAGGACCGAAAGACUGUCUUCAAAGGACUGAGCAGGCUCAAAGACUAUCCUGAAUAUAUGUGGUUCCUGCUGUAUUGCGAGGGCACCCGCUUCACAGAGACGAAGCACCAAAUCAGUAUGCAGGUUGCAGAGAGUAAAGGCCUGCCCAAGCUCAAAUACCACCUCCUGCCCCGAACCAAAGGGUUCACCACCACACUGCAGUGUCUUAAAGGCACAGUAAGCGCUGUGUAUGAUGUGACCCUAAACUUCAAAGACAACCAAACUCCCACCCUCCUGGGCAUCGUCAACGGCAAGAAAUACAAAGCCGACAUGAGCGUGAGGCGGUUUCCUGUGGAGGAGAUACCAGAUGAUGAGAAAGAGUGUGCCAUCUGGCUGCACAAGCUCUACCAGGAGAAGGAUGCCUUACAGGAAAUGUACAAAAAGGAAGGCAAGUUCCCCGGACCCACAAUAACCCCACGUCGCAGGCCAUGGACACUGCUGAACUUCCUGUUCUGGGCCACCCUGCUGCUUUCACCCCUCAUUAACUUUGCUUGUGGAGUGGCCGUCAGCGGCUCCCCCCUCCUCAUCAUUGGCUUUAUCCUCUUCCUCAUCAUAGCCUCGAUAGCUAUCCGCCGCCUCAUCGGGGUCACCGAGGUGAAGAAAACAGGCUCCAGUUACGGCAACCCAGAGGCCAAGAAACAAAACUAAAGUGUGUCACCCCCUCUGUGUACGGCCGUUUGUGUACGGUCACCCUGCGGUGACUCACCCCUACCCAAAUCCAUUCUCCUCCUACUGUUGAGUCAGUUGGCAGGCUGGGGAGGAGACCCAGCUGUGAAAACAUAAUAGAGACCAGAGUUAGAAAUACUAAUGGCACUAGAGUGAGAGUGAGCAUGGAUGGUCUGGGGUCCAAGCUCUCUGGUGUAACACAGAACAUAAGGAGGGGGAGAUGCAGUACUGUAUUCCCCUGCAUCUUUCUUAAUCCAGCUAGCGACCCACUGUCUUCAUCCAAGUCCCAUUAAAUCCCGGUAACACCCAAGGUUAAGCUCCUAACCUGUCUGACAGCCAGUCAGCCCAUUUCCUGCUCUGCUCUAACUACCGCCACUUCCUGUCCGAGUCAUCAGCCAAUCAGGGAGUGGGGACACGCUUGUUCUUUUUGCCCACAGAACACAAGCCGAUCUGCAUCUGAUCUUUUUAAUCUUAACCAUCCAGGGGCAGUCCAUUUCUGCAACAGCAAUCUGUAACAUGCAGGACAUCUCCCUCCCUUUUUUUCACUAAGUGGGACUUGUAAUGGGAACCGGUGCCUUGAGGCCCAGCCUGGUUUCCAUCAUCUUAAAGGGUCUGUUCACCCAAAUCACAAAACCUUGACCAGUUAAUGUCUACAUAGUUAUCCAGCCACCAGGAUGGUUUGGGUUUUUAUGCCCAGGGUCUGAGAUUGCCAUCAAUGUAGGUGAAUGAAAAGCUUGCAUCUUAUUUGAAAAACUUUGCAGCAGUGCAUCUUUCCUAAAUAAACGUCUCUGUUAUUCUGGAUAAUUCCUGAACAAGUGAAAAGUGACCAUGUUGACACUGUUGGAUUAUCCAAGUGGUAGGCAAGUUUCUGUAAUUUUAAAUAAGUCGUGCACCACUACUGACAUUCACUUCACCUUCUUUGAAUCUGUUGAUCUUGGUGAACUGACCUUUUAACAUCUUGGCUAGGAAAAGGCUGGUGUCUGCUAAACUACAGCAAGGGCUCCAAAUGUGAAAACUGUCCUCGUCAAGGACACCUACCAUCUGUUACAGGUCUCAUUUGUCGCCCACAGCACCACAACACCCACGGAUUCAUCUUGACACAUUUGAUUAUUUUUUUCUUCCUAUUUUCACUUGCUUUACACAAAUAGGCAUUCGCAUAUUGUUCAUUUUUACAACAUUAUUUAACACUUUGUUUCCCCCUAAAUGUGAUAUUAAUUAAACCAGCAAUCCCAGUCCAAACACUGAAGCAGUGAAGACCAACUGUCUUCAUGUAGCCUCGCAGCCAUUAGCAUAUUGUUUUCUGUCUGGAUAUAAACUGUCGUAGUGAUGUUUUAACCUUUGCCUUAAAUCAAGCUUGCUCAGGCAACGGAUUGCUUAUUCGCCACCCCUUUAAAACAGCACCCACCUCUUACCUCUGUUUGAAUAUUCAUCUUCCUCCCGUUACGAUGCAUGAAGGAGCAGUGUGCAUUCAUUUGGUUUAAUAACCAAAGCAAAGAAAAGUAAUUGAAAAACCAAUUUUAAUGUCUAAAGAGGAAAGCUAGAGUUUGUUAAAGGUAUCCUAGUACCUGUUCAUAGUUGUUAGUUAAAGAAAGCUUCUUCCACAUCGUGUGCACCAUUUCACCAUUUUUAAAUCAGUCAUCCCAGAAUCGGUUGUUUUUAACAGAUUAAAUGUUGGCUGCUGCAGUACAUGAGUAGAUCUCUUCCAGUGUUAAGAGACACAUUUCCUGGUUCAACAGUCAAACAGUGGUAGAGACACGGCAGAGGUAUUUAGUGUCCUGCUCUCUCCUCUCCUCUCCCCCUUCCCGUGCCACAUGUAGACCUAAUCACAUAUUUUUUUGGUUUUCACUCCUCAGCAGCUGUAUGUUGUGUACUUUCUCUGUAGACAUAUUUCAACCCAAACAGAUUUCAUGCAAGCCUUAAGAGACAGUGCUGCUUAAUUUUUGUGUGAAAAUGUAGAAAGUGACGAGCCCAGGUGCUAGCGAAGAAUUGAAAACUGUUCAAAUGUUCUCGAAUAGAAGCGAGUUGCUGGGAUUAGUUGCCGAGCAGCUCGUUUUAAAGUUCUAACAUUAAGAAUUAAAAAGAAAAGAAAAUGGAUAAAACCUCAAAGAGCUCUCUUGGGAAUUGAUUUAUAGUUUUUUACAAGACGAAACUUUGAGUUGCUUUACCUCAAAUAUCUGUUAAAAGCUUUAGUAUCUUGGCCUGUUAUCUUUUUCCUCAAGAGAUCUGAUCACAUACCAACGCAGUCCAACUCAUCCUGUCACUCAGUAAAAAUCAUAAUCCAAAGCAGAAAGGAUGUUGAAACAUUCAGACAAGGAUUUGGAAAACAACUUUUUACACUGGAUGUUUUUUUUAUUCAGUAAAGAAAUAUAACUAUCUUGUGGUUGUUGUAAUUUUCUGAGGUCUCCAAUGGAAUUAAAUAACAUUACAACUUUACUUUUUUAAAGAUAAUUGAGUUAGUGGCGCCUCUUACGUCAGCUUUUUUGUUUUCUAAGGCUAUUUUUAUGUUUUCUUCAAUUAAGACACUUGAGAAUAUUAAAGGAUUUAAUCACAAAACAACUCUUACUCUUCUGACUUAUUUGGAUCUGUGUGAGUUUCUGUUUGCACAGCAGUUCAGUUACAAUGAUUAUAUCUCAGCGUGAAUCCAGGAUCAGACACAAAACAUGUCUCAACUGUUUCCUCCCGUCUUUUCUCAUCCAUCAGAGGAACCAUUUUCACAGAGGCACAUCUCCGUCCAUCCAUCCUCCUUCAUUCAUCAUGACACAUCCACAGUUUCCCAUUCAGCAACACUAUAAAGUCGCACAUCUGUUACAGUAUGUAGACUGUAAACUGAAAAUAUGUACAUAAGGUAAAUGAUGAAUGUCACAUUCACGUUUAGGAAUUGUAGAGAUGUACGUAGCUGUUAUUUUGCAGUAGACCUUUUGAAUGACACAUUAACCAGUUGUCCAUGAAAUGUCCCGAGGACAUUUUGGAUACAUAGUCACAGGACGUGUGACCGGAUGUUGAGAGACUGUAUAAAUAUGUACAUAAUGUAAAUGAUGAGUAUGAUGUUCACUUUUAGACAUGGCAGUGAUGCUCUUCUGUUCUUUUGCAAUAGUUCGUUUGAAUGACGGGCCGUGCGUUCAGGCUACAACCAAAUGUACCACUGAUGGAAGAUUCAAGCAGAGCUGGCCUCCGGGGUGCAGUUUAGAAAAAUGAUUUGCAAAGGUUUUACCUGACACUAGCUCACCUUUCAGGUUUGAAGCUGUAAAUGCCUUCAGUGAUGCCUCUCUUCUAAUUAAAGCCACAGACUGAAGGCUGAAGUCACAGAUGAUGCUUAUAAAGCAUUUUUUCCAACUUUGUAAUUAAUCAUGGUUUCUUACUGUAGUCAAUUACUUUUUUGCAUGAUGUGCACUCCUGCACCGUCACUGAAUCGAGUUAAUUCUGACUCAGGGACUCUUUUACAGACUGGCAAUGCAACAGCUGUGGCAUUAACUCUGAAUUUGAACCUGAAUAAAAAGGCUUUCUGAGGAA